CGACACCACAAAAUGCAGCGAUGAAGGACGGGUGCGCGGAAACGACUACAGGUGGUGGUGGUGGUGUGAAGGAUGGGGAUGAUGCAGUGGCAGAGAAGGAGCAGGCAGCCGUGGUGGAAGAGAAAGAGGAACAGCAGGAGGACGUGGAUGACGUGGAGGACGUGAUUGGGACGUUGAGGGGGGCGCUGAAGAGUGACUAUUCAGGGGCGGUGUUUCCACGCAGACCACAGCACUAUGCUCCACACCAGCCUCUUCCCCAUGAUCACGUGCCAUCAUCCUCCUCCUCCUCCUCAACUGACGUUAACGGUGGGCACCAAGGCACAACAACAACAACAACAACAACAACACCGCCACAACCACAACCACACCAAUCUACGCAAGUGCUGGCGCACAACCCAGUCGUGCACAACAUUGCGUCCAUGUCUCGCAUCCUCCAGCUGCGCGAUCGCCUUCGAGGGAUAAAGAGGCAGGCCGGCCAACCUCAAGCUGCCAUGACCGAUGAUUCCCCACAGCAAACUUCGAUGACAACACUUGCAUCCACGCUGCUCGCACAACAAGAUGUGGAGAACCCUUAUGUUGACGGAUGCCGCUCGCUGCAUACGGCGGUGGCCACCCUCGCAGCACAUGCCGGGUUCUCUUGCGUGUCGGAUCAUUCGCUGUCCGUGCUGGAAGGCGCGACGCGAACCUUUAUUGAACGCGUGUGUCAACUCACGCGCACUCUCAAGGAUCACCACUCUGCUUCCGCAUCCGAUCAGACACUUGUCGCUGCUGCUGUGCGAGAGGUGACACCCCGCGGUCUCCGGGGAUUGAGCAGGUAUGUACAGGACGACGUGAUGGGCUUUGGGGAGCAGCUGCAACAAGUGGAGACAAACUUGCACGCAGCGAUACACGAGCACGAGCAGCGGACACCACGAUUGCAGAGCAGCUUGCAACACGGGGAGCAGGGCAGUCUGCACACCGCCAUGUCACCAGGAGUAGCAGCAGCAACAACAGCAACGGCAGCAGGGAAUGGGACGCGUGUGAAGCAAGAGGAGAUGGUGGAUGGCGGCGAUGGAGGGAACGGCGUGGGUGUGGCGGCAGCUACCAUGGAUGUGGAGCAGGCGAAUUUGCUCUCCAGUGAAGUCUUUGAUACGGAAACUGGCGGGAUUGACGCGCAUCAGCUCCCAGCGUCUGUGCUUCAACAGGUCAUGCCAGCAGCAGACGCGAUAGCACAUGCAAACGGUGGUGAUGCGUGGGCGGUGACGGCGCGCAAGUACGUCGUGCCGGCCUGGAAGGACGUCGAUCCCUCAUCCCAGGUUGGCCUCCUCAGCUCCAAGUAACAACAACCCGAUGCAGCAACUCGACCACAUGUACACAGCAAGAACACACACACAUGUAUGCAUGCACCCAUUGUCCCACCACUCUGUGCACACACGCGCGCGCACACACACACGCACGCACGCACAGAGUGUCGCUGUAGUUCCUUUUGCUCAAGUAGACGAACAAACAAUUGUUUAUGGCGA